AUGGUCUCGUCGUCGCAGGCCACGACGGCCUCUGCUGAUGCAAGCGACGACGAUGCCAGCCUCGGAGUCGAGCACAAGGCGCACCCUGACAACGAAUCCGUCAGUGCAAAAAAACUAGUCCAACAUGAAAAGCACACCAAAAUCGAGGCUUUGGUGACUUGGCUUGACGAUGGCCAGUCGCGGAGACAACCUGGCCUGACGUUCGAUCUGCAAUUUCAUGCGUCGUACAACACGGCCUUCUUCAAACUACGAUCCUCAGUCCUUGCCAAGACCGGGUCCGCACCCGAGAAAAUACCAAUAUUUCUAUUCCUUGCACCAGAAAUCAUUCAAACCUUGUCUCUCUGCGACGACCAUGUUCGAGAGCUAGGUCCCGACACCGUGUGCAUCCGCUUCGGGCUGCGGAGCGCACCUUGUCUUGUGGUGCCCGGGGCUAUGCAGACGUCCGAGAUGGUCUGGAAGAACAAGGAAUCGAGCGACACCUGGGAUUCAUUCUGCUCCUUGGCGCGCGCCACGAAUCUGGAAGUCUUCUGCCGCUUAUCGCGUCGCGUUAUGUCCGAGGCUCGACUGCAGUCGCUCUGCGCGACGCUGUCAAAAAACCAAGUAGUUUCCACACCCGGCUAUGCUGACCUCCUUGGUCUCUACGGCGGCAAAGGCGGAAAGGUGGUAUGCUUCGCCGCUGAUGCCAAGUCGAACAAGGUCCAAUUCGACGAAUCACCGCCUGCGUACCAGGACCUCGGGCCUGGUCCGCCCAUGCCUCCGGUGCUCGAGGAAAAGACGUCUAAGCGUCGCAGAGGCAACUCGGGUUCUGAAGCUCAGCGGCCUAUUCAUAAGCCCAGAGACGAUCUGGAGGCCACCGUAGCGUGGUUGGUAACCGAGCUCAGGGGCUCCAAGGACAGAGAGGCACUACUAGCCUCCGAAUUGAAAGAACUCCAUGCAAAGGUUGCGAUGCUGAUAUCCCAGCAGGAAGAUCACAAAGCAAAGUGCAAGAUUCUGGAACAUGACUUGCACGAACGCAUAGGCGAAGUCGAGGCCGGACAAAGUGAAUUGGAUGAGGAACUUGAAAUGAGAGUAGAUAGCAGGAUAGAUGAGAUACUCGAUCAGAAGUCGGAUAGCAUCAAAGAAGAGCUACUCGACUUCAUAGACGAGAUCGUACCCAAUAAAAUACAAGGUGUGCUCGAAGAAGCCACCUUUUCUGCCCGCUUCUAA